CGCGAUAAUACGUUAUUUGUUACGUUUCGGUACAUUGUAUUGUUAGUUGAAUCUGCUUUUCGUAGCGCACAACGUUCGGAGUGAAGAAAAAACGUUAUUGAGAUAAGACUAUAGAUUCUUAAGUUGAUAAGCAAUAUACGUUUAGUCUGAUUAUUUCCACUGAAUUCUUUGUUUGCCUAACAAAAUUUUUUUGUGAAGUAUGACGAUUCCUAACGGCUUAUCUAUGAAUGCUGCUGAAAAUUAUGAAGAGAUGUCAAACAAUUCAAACGAAUAUAGAUACGUGAUGAUGUUCAAGAGCAUAAUCGAUCAAAAGCUACUUCCAAAUGACUUCGAUGUUUGGACUAUAGAGGAGCAAUGUACAUGGAUAAACAAGAACAUCCCGACGUUUUUUCCGAAUGUACCAAAGACGAUGUUGCAUUUAAUGCCAGGUUUCUGUCGACUAGCAAAUUGCAAACGGUCACUCGUGGAAACACCUGAAUGGUUGGAUAUGGAUAAGUACCGCAAAGGGCAGAAAUUUGUGCGUGAAAAUUAUUUCUCAAUUAUGAUUGGCACAGUAUUGGGCACUUUAUUGCUAUAUACCUUUGAGGAGGAUCUAAAACCACUGAUAAUAACAAAGGGCAGUAUUACGCCGUAUUUAGCAUUCAAAAGGUAUUUUUCAAAUUUUCAACGAUUCUCAAGUUGGUAUAAUGGAGAACCAUGGAUUAAAGGAACCCAAGCCUAUAAAGACAUGCAAUAUGCAUGUAAAAUGCAUUCAUUGACACAAGCAAAAUUAUCUAAACUCGAUAACAAUCAAUUUGAGAGCGAAGCCAAAAUCGCAGACCCGUGGUGCCCAGAUCACGAAUUACUUUUAAAAGAUUUCGCCGCGGUGUGUCCACUUAAUACACAAUCUUGUUAUCAAAUGAUUUCUAAGUCACCGUACAUAAUAAAAAACUUGAAUAAUGCGAAUAUGGCAUGUGCACAAUGCUUUUUCUUCAGUAUAAUUUUGCUAUGGCCGCAAAAUAUUGGAAUACAUAAUGCAACCAACGAAGACAUGGAGGCCUUUUGUCAUAUGUGGAGAUGUUACGGAUAUUUUCUCGGAAUAGAGGAUGAGUACAACACAUGCCGUGGCAAUCUCAAGGAAAUAAAGCACCGUACUCGAGAAUUAUAUGAAGUGAUGUUGAGUAAUUUGAAUAAUAUUACACCAAAAUGGGAACACAUGACGAGAUGUUUCAUCGAAUCAUUAAAUUAUUAUCCUUUCCUCUAUAUGCCUUACAAAAUGAUGGUUGUAUUCGCUAUGGAUAUAUUAAAUAUAAGCAUGCCGCAUUUGUAUGCGUCAAUGAGUUACGCGGAAUGGAUUACUUAUAAAAUCUCGAGAUUCUUAUUUAGAUAUGCUUUUAAAUUCUCAAUCAUCCGAUUAAUUAUAAAUAAAGCGGCAAAUAAACUAAUUGACAAAGUGAUGAAUUUCAGCCCAGAGAAGAAUGUAGAACUUCAGGAGAAAUCAAAACAACAAUUAUUAAAAUUUUCUACAGAGCAUUAAUAGCGAAGCGUACUUGUAGAAAAGAUAAGGCGUGAGAUAGAUACAUGAUAGUGAAAUAUCAUAAUAUCUUAUAUAUGUAGUUUAAGUUGAAUUCUAAAAACAAUUAAAAGUAGUUUGCUGUAAUUUAUUUAGACAUCGUAGGAUAGUUAUUGAUCAUUACGUUGUCUUUAUAAAUUUCAUUGAAUUUCAGUUUUGCAGGUAGCAGAUAUUUUUACAGGUGUAUAUUUUACAUAAUUUUGAGACGUACGUUAGAUAUCGAUUUUUGAACUUUAGUCUAGCUCUAAGACUUUGCCGGCUUUCAAAUAAUAUAAGUGAAUUUAAUGUAUCACAAAAUGUGCAUUAAAAAUAAAGUUUUAUUUUAAGUAAAUAAUUAAAACAAUAUUUCUGCGCCUUUCGGCCGAACGUUAAUAAGCGCGCGCGGCACUGAAUACCGCAUCACACAUUUAUUGUUUAAGAAUUAUAAUAAUUGGAUAAAUAAUUGUAAAACUGUCUAAAGUAACGCUAUCUGAUAGUUGAGAUGUUGAAUGAGAAAUACGGAAGAUCGGUAACAGAAGAAGAAAAUGCGUUAUCAAUGAGUUUUCAAAAAAACAAAAACACUUUUUUGGCACUUAUUGUCAGUGUCGCGACGCGUUUACUUUAAAAGUUAAGUUUAAAAAAAAAUUUUAUAAUAAUUAAAACUUAUUCAAAACAAGGAAAUAAUAUUAAAAUAAUAUCGUUAUGUGAAUGUAAAAAACAUUUUUCAGUGUGUUUGAAUCUGAUAUAUAAAGUUAUAUUAUGUAUGAGAAAGGAUGUUGUGCCACUUACAUUGCAAAUCUUGAAAAGUCUCGUUAUUUCUCGCACAUAAUAAAGUUGUUGGAUAAUA